AUGCGCGGCCUGCAGCUCUCGAACUUUUUGAGUUCCAAAGUCACCUCCGUGAUGCUCGACUUCUUGGCUCAGCGUCUCUACGACGACGCCACCACCGCGGAGUGCUUGCAGGCAAUCUGGAGCCUGGUCGCGAACUCCGAUCCCGACCGCUUCUCCGAGCUCGACAUAGCUAAGAUAGUUCACCAAAUAUAUUGUUCCGACCACCUCAGCGUCCAAUCGCUCGCGCAGCCGGUCCGGAAAAUCAUCUUCGAUAUCCUCGCCUUGGCUCUCAAGCAAUGCCCCUCCUCCGUCGUCUCCAUCGGCCUCCCUCUGCUCUUGGGAUUCAUUCAAGCAAUGGACGGCGAAAAAGACCCAAGGUGCCUAAUCGUGUGCUACGACUUGCUAGUUCAACUUGUUUUGUCGGUCCCACACGAAAAAUACGCGUUCGAGGAAGACCUCUAUGACAUCACCUCCUGCUACUUUCCAAUCACCUUCACUGAGUCCGAAAAUCACCCAACCCUCAUCAAGCGAGACUGCCUCAUAUCCGGACUGCGCAAGACCAUGAUCUCCUCUCCGAGGUUGUGGAUACCUUUCUUGCUAGACAAGCUUUCCUCCGUCCUCACCGAAACGAAGCUCGACGCCGUUCAAUCUCUCCUGUUUGCCUUCAGCGACACAUCUGUUCGCGGCAACGCCCCAUUCUGGCCUCCAGAGGACGUCGAGCCGCAUCUGGAGCCCCUGCUCCGCGGCCUGCUCAACGAAUCUUGGAACGCCUCGCCGGCCGUCUUCUCUCACAUCCUCCAACUGCUCACCGCCAUCACGCAAUUCGUCGACAACGCCACCCGCGCCGACGCACACGGGAAGCGCUCCCCGAUGCCCGCCGCCACCGCGGAACACUGCUGUCAACUCGUUCAAAGCGCCUGCAUGCGACACAUCCUCAUGCAAAACCAGUCGCGUCUGUUCGACUCAGACGAUUGGUGCUGCGUCAAAACCGCCUCCGAUAUACUGGGCGCGGCGGCUCUGGGCUCCUCGCGCUGCAUGCGCCUCAUAUUCAAGACGCUCAUCCCGUCCCUUCUCUCUAACGCAAAAACCGAAGGAGACCCUGAAAAAAACGCGUUGGCCACGCAUCUGCUCGUCAACCACGUCUACAACGCCAGUCUGCCACUCCGCCACGCCGCCGAGCACCCACUCUCCGACCACUCCGAUUCGCUCCAAACACUCUUCCACGACCUCCUUGUAAGACCCGUCGACCAGGACCCAAGCACUUCAGUCCACAACCGCAUCACAGAUUCCAUCGUAGCACUAACUCUUCUAUCUCAAACCGCCCACGGAUCUCUCCUUUCUCAAAAUCAACACAAAAAAACAAUAACCGCCAUCACCUCUCUACUUCUUCACCCUCCAACGCUGCCCAGCUCCGCCGCCUUCCAGCUCCUACUAACCGCCGUCAAAGCGCUACUGCACAUCAGCUCGUCUCAACUCAACCUCGUCCUCGCUGACUCCGUCCAGCCCAUCAUCAACACCAUCAAGCAAGCCACUUGUCCAGCCACCCUAGCCUCCUCCCCCCACUCGCUGAACUACGCCACCAUCUCCCCCUUUUCCCCCCACCAAAGACAAAACCACCACGACGACCAACCGCCAAACCCUCAACCCUUCUUCUCCAAACUCAUCCCCGAAAUCUCCUUCGACAUGAUCUCCAUACUCCACCUCUUCUGCAUGCUGGACGACUCCUCGAACUACCCCGUUCCACCCAUCUUCAACACCUCUCUCCCCCACCUCCAGCUAAAACAACUCCGCCUUGAACCUCACACCCUCGUCCCCGUCUCCACCCCCCAAGUCACCACCUUCAUCCAAAACCAACUCAUAGACAUACUCUCGGCCAACCCCUCCAACCAACCUCUAACUUCAAGCAUCCUCUUCAGCCUCGCUCACGCCGUCCAACCUCUUCGCUCCUACCUGCACCUCCUGUCCAUCUUCUUCGUCGACCCCCCCCCCCUGCACCUCCUCGACACACUGCACCGCCUGUUGCCAAAACUAACGUCCACCACCGCGUCCAACCUAAGCAACGACCAACUCUCCCUCUGGAUAGACACCAUGUACCAACUGUUCAUCCGCGGAUCCAUAGACCUUCAAACCCUCUCCAACCCCUCUCUAAAAAACACCCCCUCCCUUCCUCUCAUCAAACCCCUGCGAGAUCUAACCCAACCUCUGUCUCUCAUGACCAAAAACGCUCAGUCAGACGCGCCGCCUCGGCUUGUAGAAAUGCCUGGUUCAUUAUGA